AUGGCCGGGAAACCCAAACUGCACUACACUCGAGGAAGAGGAAAAAUGGAAUCUAUCCGCUGGUUACUUGCAGCAGCUGGAGUUGAGUUUGAAGAACAAUUUUUAGAAACGAAAGAAGAUUUGGAGAAGUUGCGCAGUGAUGGACGGCUGCUUUUUCAGCAAGUGCCCAUGGUGGAAAUUGAUGGGAUGCAGCUGGUGCAAACACGAGCCAUUCUCAGCUAUAUUGCAGCAAAAUACAGUCUCUACGGGAAGGAUUUGAAAGAGAGAGCAAUGAUUGACAUGUAUGUGGAAGGAACCACUGAUCUGAUGUUAAUGGUGAUGACGCUUCCUCUGCAGCCUGCUGAAAACAAAGAAAAGCAAAGCGCCUUGAUUAUUGAAAGAACUACAACUAGAUAUUUUCCAGUAUACGAGAAGAUUUUGAAAGACCAUGGGCAAAAUUUUCUGGUUGGUAAUAAGUUUAGCUGGGCAGAUGUUCAUCUCUUGGAAGCCAUCUUAAUGCUUGAAGAAUUCAAGUCUGAUAUUCUCACUAAAUUUCCUCUGCUGCAGGCUUUCAAAACAAGAAUAAGCAAUAUUCCUACAAUAAAGAAAUACUUGCAGCCUGGAAGUCAAAGGAAACCUCCACUGGAUGAUAACCUGCUUACACAAAUAAAAAAAAUAUUCAAUCUCUAAAGAGUUUUUCAAAUACUGGCGUAUUUCUACUAGCAUACGUUUUUCCCCAAUAUAUUGCUAAUUUUAAAGGAUCCUAUUAUUAGAAAGAUAAACUAAAUAAAAUUGCAAUUCCUUUUACUUUUAUAAUCAUAAUCCUUUGGAAACAGGGAAAAAAUAAGUAAUUUACAUGAAAAAUAUUUUUAAGGCCUUGUAUCUAAAAUUAUCGUGUUUUUUUUCACAUGAGCAAAUAAAGUCUAUCUUACCCC